AUGGAAGUCAACCCUCCUACCACUCCACACGGUCCGUCGAAGAGAAAGUCUCCCUCUUCUGACACCAACGGCUCCCCGCAACCCAGCAGCCAUAAGCGUCAGAGAGCCAUCGAGCGCGAGGAGCCUGCACUCAAGCUGAGCGACUCUUCUCCAAACCAGCACAUCACGUCGCCAGGAAAAAUCCUGGAGUCAGAGCACGAAGACGAGGAGUCUGAAAGGGAUACAACAGUGUCAGACCCCUUGGACAUCGAAUUCGAAGGUGCAACCGACGAUCAAUCUCACCUCACUGGCGAUCGUAAUCGUCCUCUUCGCAGAAACACUCGCACGCCAAUUUUGGUCCCAGUCGAGCCCGAGCUGUCGACAAGUGACAUCGACGACCUGCUCUCCGGUUCAGAGGUUGACUUGGACUUAGAGGACGAAGACUCGGACUCCGUGACCAAAGGAUCACCUUCUGGCCGAAAACCCAGCCAGAGCGAGGAGCGAUAUUACAUGGCCAUGUGUAAUAUCGACUAUUACAACUCCCUUUCCGAGCCGGACCUCCGCCGUGAGGCUAUUCGUUGGAUGGAGGAGAACUCUCGUGCUGACCCCAAGGGCACCGUCGUCUACCCUCCACCGUGGUACAUCGCCACUCGCUUCGAACCACCUCGUCCUAGAUUGUGGAUCAAGGAUUUCUUCUCGGGUAGAGUUCGUCCGCGUCAGCUAGUUAAUGACCGGCUGGCCGAGAUGACCGUCGCCCAGAGGGAGAAGUGGGCGAGAGAACAUGGAAUGGGAGGGUACGACGAUGAGGACACCGAGUAA